AUGACCGCGGCGGUGCUAUCAUCGCCUGGUGCCAGUCCUCCAUCGAAAUGCUUCACAAUGGAUAAAGAGUAUCCUAGGCCUACACUCCCAUCACCAAGCUGGGUUUUGGUAAAAGUCAAGGCUGCUGGACUAAACCGUGCUGAGCUUCGUGGCCGGAAUGGUGACAAACCAGCACCGCCCGAAUUCGGAAUGUUUGUUGAUGAAUAUCAUCCUGACCCACCAAAGAUUCUCGGUGAGGAAUUUGUAGGCACAGUCGAAGAAGCAGGCUCUGAAACCAAGUUCAAGAAGGGAGAGCUGUGCACUGGAUUCAUCUACGGAGGCGGCAAAGCAUUUGAUGGAGCCUACGCUGAGUAUGUCAUCUGCCCGGCCCAACGUCUGUUCAGACUUCCACAGACUUCCCUAUCUUGGGAUGUUCUUGGUGCUAUCACAAUGUCCAUGUGGACAGCAUAUGGUUCCUUGUUCGAAGCAGCUCAACUCACCAACGGAGCCACUGCCCUGAUCCAUGGAGCAACGAGUAGUGUCGGCGUCUGGGCCGUACUCUUAGCGAAAGACCACGGAUGUACUGUCAUUGCCACAACGCGCAAGCAGGAUAAGGCUGAGAAGCUGAAGUCGAUUGGAGCAGACCAUGUCGUUCUCGAAGAGGAGCUCAACAAUCAACUGGAAAAGCUAGCACCCAGUGGUGUCGACUGUCUCCUGGAGCUCGUUGGCCCUGAUACAAUUGAGUCCCUCGCCCUGCCGAAUCUGGCAAAACAUGGCUCAGUUGUGGUUACAGGUGUUCUGACUAAGCAGUGGGCCAUGAAGGAGUUUACACCUGCUCUCAUUCCACCUACGCGAAAGAUGACUUUCUACAGUUUAGAGCCUGGGCAGGAGGAGGCUGAAGGUGUGGAGAAAAUUGUUGGAGAAGUAGUCAAGAAAGUCGAAUCUGGGACAUUCAAGCCAGAGCAUUUCCUUGAUAAGACAUUCCCCUUGGAGAAGAUAGGCGAGGCCCAUGAAUAUAUGGAAGACAGCAAGGCGGUCGGAAAGGUGGUUGUGACUAUUCCUUGA